GUAGUAAUAUUUUGCCCGAGGUAAAGAAAACCAGGAUUUAUUUGCUCAGACACCUAUAAAAUCAAUAUUUACAUUUUUGUCACGUGUGAACAUUGAACCCUCAACGUAAACCUAACUGAGAUCAUCAUCAUGGCCCUCGCAGAAAUUGGAUCGUCUAUUGCAGGAACUUGGGUAUUGGUAAAAAAUGAAAAUAUGGAUGAUUAUCUGAAAGAAAUAGGUGUAAACUUUGUUUUACGGAAGAUAGCAGCAGCAGCUAGUUCAACAAUGACAAUAAGUGUUGAAGGUGAUCAGGUUAGAAUUAUCACCAAAGGACCCAAGGACUCCGACACCUCAUUUAAAUUAGGCGAAGAGUUGGAGUCAAAUGAUCCCCAGGACAACCCAAUGAAGGCUACUGUUAUCUGGGAAGACGGCAAAUUAAUCACAACUGCUAAGCCAACAGAAGGAUCAAAGGCAAAAGCAACACGUGUAGAAAGACGGAUAGAGGGCGAUCAAUUAAUAAUGGAUGUUUCUGUAAAUGCUGUUAUGAUGAGAAGAAUUUGGAAGAAAAAGUAAACAUGCUGACAUUUUAUGCUACCAUAGACUGAGUUUGGUUUGAAAUUUGGUUGUGUUUUUUAUUUUGAUAUACAAAUCUGUUUGUCAAAUUUUGUUUUAGAUACUGUCAUAUUUUAUCAAUUUGUGAAACAGCAUUAUAAGGUUCUGAAGCGUUGAAGAGUUGAAUACCAUAUAUUAUAUAUUUAGAAAUUUUCCAAGAAAUAUAAAAUGUUCAGGGUAGGAUCUAUGAAGCAAAAAUACUCUUUAUGAAAAAUCUACUUAUGGAGUUGAAUUAUUAAGUAUAUAGGUGUUUAUACUGAAUAAUUUAAAAUACUGACAUUUUUUAUGUCAACUUUUUACACAAUUCAAGUAUAUUAAUCAACGAAUUUGUGAUACUUAUCUAGUCAUUAAUUUAUCGUCCUGAACAUGCAUGAAAUAUUUGCCACUGGACGUUAAGCAACCAACAAUCAAUCGUGUUAUAUAACUACAUUGUAUAUAAACAUAGGUGUAUGUUAAGGAGAAAAUUGUUUCAAGAUACAAAGCAUAUCAUGACUAAGCAUAGCAAGACAGCUGAUUUUUUUUUAUGAAAAUAAAAACCCACAUAUCAGUUCAGAACGUUAUAAAGCCAUAUUUUGUGAAUUGUUCCUAUUUAGAUAUUUUAAUUUUGGGCAUAUAUAAAGUUUAAGAAAUAGUUCACAUUGAACAUCCAUUAAAAAUUAGUGGGAUAUCAAUUUUUAAUUUCAUCUGACCUUUACCCCACUUUAAUUUGCUGUUCAUGUUUUAUAAAAAUGGUAUAUUGAUUUUAAACCAUAUACUUUGAAUACAUGAUAUACUAUAAUUGUAUAUGUGUAUGUUCUUUGGCAUUAAAUAAAAGAGUUGAUACUUUUUUUGGCUUGAAACAAGUUUUGUAUGUUCUUUCACAUUAUUUAAACGAAUUUGUAGUUCUUUUGGCAUUAUUUAAACGACUUUGUAUUUCCUUUGGCAUUAUUUACACGAAUUUGUAUUUUCUUUGGCAUAAUUUAACCGAAAUUUAUAUUUUUGGCAUUAUUUAAAAAAAAAUGGUAUGUUCUUUGGCAUUAUUAGACAUAACUGCUUGUUUUUAUUUUUAAAUAUACAUAAUUGCAUAGUACAUAUACUUUACAAUAUGAUUUUUGUGGUUACAUAUUUUAAUCAAGAAGUGACUGUUGCAACAGUAUUAUUAUUAUCCAUUUCUACACAGUAUUGUACAAUUUAAAGAUGUUAUUUAUGAAACUUAAUAUUUAUAUAACUCAAACACCAAAGGUCGUUUAAAUUAACUAUAAAAUAUUUAAACUACAUGUAAACAAUGUUUUAAUAUUUAAAAGUGUAAUCGUAGUCUGCAUGGAUGAAAACGGGAAAACAUUUCAUAAUAAGAUAAUACUUGGAGUUAAUUGACCAUAACCCAACACCUCUUUCUAUUCAAGUAUUAAUAUAUUAAUUUACAUGUGUUGCAUUUUGUAAAGGGACCAAUGCCAUAUUGUAUUUUUUUUCUUUAGUGGUGAAAGAAUGUUUUUGUUUGACUUAGAUACGAUUUAUUUACAGAAAACCAGUGUAGUGAUAGAUAUUUUAUUUCAACACUUAAGUUUUCUGGUCACAAAUUAUUAAAGUAUAUAGACAAUAGUCAACAAUAAAGACCAUUGUUAUUAUAAAA